CCUUUUCCGGUUUCAGCAGACGCAGUGUGUAUGUAAAAAUUUACAAUCUCAAAAUAUCGGAUAUUAAAGUUACAAUCAUGAGUUUAUUUUAACAUAAUUUGUUAUAUAAACGACUGAUUUAUAAUUUGAUAGUAAAAUUACUGAAAUUGUAACUUCGUACCCGAUUUUAUAAUGCGCCACUUGUACACGACCAAUUCGUUCAUACCCGGUGCUUUCUUUUCAGCUGAAAUUCACAAUGACACGAUAUUCAAUAGAUCCAGAAAAUGCGUCCAAGUCUGCGAAGGCUAGAGGUUCGCAUCUCAGAGUGCACUUCAAGAACACUCGCGAAACAGCUCAAGCGAUAAAGAAAAUGCAUCUUCGUAGAGCCGUUAAAUACCUUAAGAACGUGGUAUCAAAAAAAGAAUGCGUUCCUUUCCGUCGUUAUACCGCUUGUGUCGGUAGAUGCGCCCAGGCUAAGAACCAUGGAACCACUCAAGGACGUUGGCCCAUUAAGAGCGCCAACUUUCUGCUUCAAUUGUUAAAGAAUGCCGAAAGUAACGCUGAAUUCAAAGGUUUAGACGUGGAUCAUCUGGUUAUCGAACAUAUUCAGGUGAAUAGAGCUCCUAAAAUGAGAAGAAGAACCUACAGAGCGCACGGAAGGAUUAAUCCUUACAUGAGUAGCCCGUGCCAUAUUGAAGUUAUUCUUGGUGAAAGAGAAGAUGUCGUAGCCAAGCCGGCUGAGGACGAACCAACAAAGAAGAAAGUUUCACAGAAGAAGCUGAAAAAGCAAAAGAUGAUGAUGAGAAACGAAUAA